AUGGAGUGGCCUUUACUGAAAGUCUUGUUGUGGGGUUUACUUGUAUUUCUUCAAAUUCAUGGACACACAGCUGCCUGCCUCCAGGAAGAAAGGAUUGCUCUGCUGGAAUUGAAGGCGUUUCUGGAAUCCAAUAUUAUUCAUGCUGAUGCAGAUGAUCACCGCGGCCUUCUUCCGUCAUGGAUUGACGACACAAAGAGUGACUGUUGUGGUUGGGAGAGGGUCACAUGCAACUCUACCUCCGCUCACGUGAUCAAGCUUUCCCUCUACAACUUAAAGAAAAAAGAUCCUUAUAACAACCGUUGGUUGCUAAACGUGUCCCUGUUGGUGCCUUUUAAGGAGCUAACAACUCUUAAUCUAUCCAGCAAUGCAAUUCGUGGUUGCCUACCAAACGAAAGCAUGAGAGGGAUGGCUGAAUAUAUAGAUGGUGAGAAGCUGGGCAUAACCAUAAUCGAAGAUGAUACUGCUGACUUACGUAUGAAGAGUGGAAGAUGCCUCAUUGAGAGAUUCAUAUCCGACAGCCGCAUCUAA